AUGUCCAAAAAAAUCAAGGUUAACGUUAUUGGUGCCGGAGUCAUAGGCCUCACCACUGCUUUGAUUCUGCAAAAAAAUGGAUACCAAGUGCAAAUUCUAUCCGAACAUUGGCCCGGUGAUUUUGACAUCAAUUAUUCGAGUCCGUGGGCAACGGCGACUUGGAGAGCCAACCCUAAUAUUGACGAUGAGGUGGUGCAUGGCAAGAUUUCGUGGAAUGAAUUUUGGAAAUUAUCCGAGACCCCUGAAAUUGGAUUGAUGCGCGUAAAAAUUUAUGACUUUAUGGAUAAAAAACCCGAGUUGGAGAGAGACAUGUGGUUUAAAGAUCUUGUCCCAGAGUUCAGGGUAAUACCACCAGAGGAAUUACCUUCUGGCGUAGAAUACGGACUGUCCUAUACCACAGUUAGUUUAAACGUUCAAAAAUACUUACACUGGCUGCUCCACCAAUUCACCACCAAUGGUGGCGUGAGUAAAAAGGUCCAUCUCUCUCACAUUGAUGAAUCAUUCUAUGAUUCUGAUGACGUUGGUGUGGUGGUGAAUUGCUCGGGGGUCAGUGCUAGAACUCUCGGCGGUGUCGCCGAUACCACGGUUCUUCCCUCACGUGGUCAAACUGUUUCCGUUUGGGCACCGCACAUUAAAACAGUUUACAUUCUAUCUAAUCGCGACUCUUUUACGUUUAUUGUUCCUAGAGAAAGUGGAGAGGUCAUUCUUGGAGGAACCAUGAGCAUCGAUGAUUAG